CACUUACAAUGGAUUGGAAGUGCAACCUGGAAAUUUAGAAGAAUCCACUAUUCAUACUUUCAAUAAUGAUGACUUGUUUGCAUUGGACAAGGACAUAAUUUAUAAUUCCAAAGACGAUGACAUUGAAGAAAAUGAAGAAGAAUAUGACAAACAAGAAUAUGAUGAACAUUAUGAGAAUGAAGAUGUUAUACCUGUCCCCACAACAAAAGUGUCAGAAGAUCAACCAACACCAUGCAUUGUCAUGAUAAAUCACAAUGGCAUCAUACAAUGUUGCAGGAAAAUGGAUCCCAAAAAUCAAAAAAAGCUCUGGAAUCUCAUAGUAAUAGGGGUAUGGGAAGUUGAUAGGCAAGCUGUCAAUGAAGUGAAAGAAUGA